ACAACAAUGGAAUUAUUACGUCAUGCACUAUCCAUUUAUCCGAUGGAUACUUCUUGGUUGCGUACUCAAGGAGACUUCAAUUAUAUUAUUAGAAAAUAUCCUACAUCUCUCAGGAAUUAUAUCGAAGCUGGAGCCAUUUCAUCGUCAUAUUUUUUAAACGAAGUUCCUACCGAUAUUUGGGAUGAUUUAGUUUAUCGCAGAAUGAUAUCAUGUUGUUCAGCUUUAUUUUGCCACACGCAGGCAGCUGUCUUAUGCCAAUUUCUUACUCCUGUCGAUUUUAAUAUGGCUAUACGUGCUGUACAACAACACAAUAGUGAGGAUGCAAUGGAGACCUAUUAUCAUUGUAUAUGGGAGACAACAAUCUUAGAGGCUAUAAUUCAUCUACACUCAAUGAGAGGAGAGUACGACAAACAACAAAUUGCGAUGUCUUGCUUGAAUCAGCCGGAGCUUAAUUCAUAUAAUUCCACAGACAUACUACUACAUGCAAUGAGAAGUAGAAAGCGUCGGUUUCUAGUUGCAUUGGCUCAUCAGUAUCUUCAUGUGAUUUUAUUAGAAAUAUACGACUUGUAUAUUAUAUUAUUAUUAUUAAAAACUGUAUAUAUAUAUAUAUAUAUAUAA